GACAAAACUAUCCGCCAUCUUGUCGGAUCUUCUGUCGCCGUUGUGUGGUGUAAAGUGGGUGAAAAUUGACCGAGGACAGCUAGAAUAGUCCUCCAUGGAGGAAAAACGAAGUUCUGGAAGGUCCAAACGGCAGCCUAAGGUACUGGACGAAGGCUUUUGGGACUGUUCCGUAUGUACCUACAAAAACUCGCCAGAAGCUUACAAAUGCGAGAUGUGUGAUGUGCGAAAAGGAACAUCAACAAGGAAGCCUAGAAUCAACCCCCAGCUUGUGGCUCAGCAGGUAGCACAGCAGUUUGCUCCUCCACCAAAGAAGGAGCGAAGUAAUCAUGAACGUAAAGAGAAGAAACAAAAAAAUGACGAGAAACACAAAGGGCCACCUCGAUUGAAGAAUGUAGACAGAAGCAAGGCAUCUCACAUGAGCGUAACAGUGGGGAACGUAACAGUCAUUGUUACAGACUACCAGCCCAAGACAGAUGUUCGUUCAUCAGACAGUCACAUUUCCUCUGAUGCAUCAGAUACUAAUUCUUCCACAGCACCCCAUGACCUUAACUUAGACUCACCAGCUGCUGAUGCCAGUACCAACUGAGCACUACUUCCUACACUCAGAAUGCAUCACAAGCAAAACCAAGCGUCUGCGGGAUGUUAGCAUGCCAGCCAACACUCUUCGUUUUGUCAUUCAUUAAAUAGGAAUGGAUGCCAUGCAUAUCUGAUUGAUCAGAAUGACUCCUACAGCUGAAAGCAUUCUCCCAUGAAUGACUUUCUUGUGCCUGUUCUGGUUGAUGGGUUGCUUGUAAGUGCGCAAACAUGUUCACGAAACUGUGACAGCAAACAGAUUUUUGAAAACUCCUGGUGUAGAAUGGCAAAUGUUCAAGGACCAAUUAUCAAAGAAAAUGUUGCUACAGCUUCUAGCGUUUGAUAAAGUGCUGGAUUUAAGACACCACAAGGAAAGAAACAGCAGAUGGAAAAAGUUGUUCAGUGCUGCUAAUUGGAUGACUAUACUGGUAUUCUCAAUCAGUGAUCCUGUGGAAUAUCCAACCUGAAUGCCUGAAAAAAAAGACUUUGUUUCAUGGGCUGUUGGACAAUAUUAAUCGAGCAAAGCAGACAAGUGUGGUGGUGGCACCAGGUGAAUUUUCAGAGUGAGUGAAGCAGUGAUAUUUUUAGUACACUUCACAGCUCCAUCUUUGUGUAGGAUAAUAAUGAUAUGGAGAGGGGUUUUAAAACACUCUUUUAAUAUGUUGUAUGUUUGCACAUACAUGCACUUGCUUGAAGGUAAUCAGAUUAAUGAAUGCAUGCAUGUGCUCACACACACUCACACAAACAAACAGGUAGUCUGUUACAUCAUUUGAUGCAUUUCCUUACAGCACUGUCACUAAUAUAAAGACUCAAACAUGCUUAGAUCUCGUUAUUAUAAUUAAAAGUAAUUGUAUUCCUUUCUUUCUCUGGUACUUUUUCAAAUAAUCUUCUACCAAACAUUGGCUGCCCUUUUCCAAAUGAUGUAAAUAAAAACAGAGAUGUUGAAAUUUAUUAUGGACUACCUUCCCAUUCAAGACUUUUUUAAGACCAUCUUUCACCAGAUGCAGUUUUUUUUUAAAAGAAUGAGUACAGUACUACAAUCCCAUACAUGUGGGAUCAAAAAGGCUUCAUCAUUGAUCUUCUACAGUAAACUGGCCCAUGCCAGUGGUGCUUUUAAUAGAAAACUUUAACAAAGAAAGUUAUCACCCAGAGAAGAUGUGUCUGGUUAAUUUUGACUAGAUAGCAUCACAUGUUUUCAUGAAUAGAAGUUGGUAAUAGAUUUAAUUGUCUCAGCCUAUCAGAAUUUAAGACUAAAGCUUGUAUUUGAGGACUAGAACUUUAAAAAAAUAUUGCUGCCAUCAUUUCUAUUUCUGAAAACAAACAUUUAAGACUGGAAAUCCAGAUUCCAGGUAAAUGUUUUAAAUGUUCAGUGUAUUUUCUACUCUUUCAGUCCUUGAAUAGAUUUUCUAUUUUUACAUAUUAACUGCAUUUUCUGCUUGUACAGUUAGAACACAUUUAAUAAUGAUUAAGAGGGGUAUGUUGAAACUGAUUGCUUGUCUCAAAAUGACAUUAUCUUUAGCAAUAUGUUACAGACCCUAGUGGGUAUUGCUGAUUAUAAAAUUGAUAAACUUGUCAUUAUAAAAAUAUGCCAAAAGCACUUCCAGUUGACACUGUUUUCAGCUCCAGAGUUUGCUAGUCAGGUGUUGUCUGGUGAGUGUACAGGGAAGUAACUUGCAGCAUCAUUAUGUGUCGAAAAAAAAAAUUAGUGGUUAAAUCUCAGGGCAUAUAGGGGAAUGAUUAGUUUUAAAAUCUGAGCUGGUGGCUUACAGUUAGUAUUAUACACAGUACACCGGAAAUGUAGAUAAGUUAUUGGCAUAAAAAAGUGAAUGCAUUUCAAGGAGAAAGGUUAUUUUUACUGUAUCAGAACAGAUAAUUGGGGUGGGGGUUGGGGGGCUGUGUGGGUGUGUACAUGAAUAGCUAGUGUAAAGGUUCCAAAAGUAUACAUAUGUAGGAAAAUCCUUUUGAAUGCAUGAGAAGAUAGAUUACAUGAAUGUAACGAAAGCAGGUGGUGCCUGUGUGAGAGAGUGGCCUCAAAGCCAUGGGUGGAGGAAGAGGUGAGCUGGAUGUCAAUUUAAGUUGUUGGCUAAAAAUGUGCGGUGAAAUCCCAGGCAGAUGACUAGCUAGAUGUGUUUAUAAUUGUAGGCCGAGUAAUAAGUUUAUAAUGGACAUUUGUUCAGAUUGUUUAUACUUAAACCAUAAUUUAUAUUGUCAAUGUUAUUUCCUAUAUCAUACGUAGAGACAUUUUGUCCUGUUACCUAGCUUCAUACUGUCAUGGCUUGGCAGUUUCUUCGUGCAAGGAGCAGUUGUGUUUGUUUUGAUGACUCUAGCUGUGUCUGAAACUACUGUUCGGCCAGAAUCAAAGCAAAAGUUAUAGAAGCAUUAUUAGUACAGACGAAGCAAGUGUCUCAUUGGAAGUGGUAGUCAAAGUGAUAGCCUGAGGUCUUUAUUCUUUACCCGAUUCUUUUAUAUACGUGUCCACCAUGACAUUUUCUACAAAAGCCCGAAAAGCAGAGCAGUUGUGUUGGCUACUAGAGAAUGGGGAUGAUGUCUUAACUGUUUUAAAGGAUGUCUCAUUUGACAAGAAGGAUUCAGUCAAACACUAAAGCAAGCGCAAUAAUCGUUGUACUGUUUAAAUGUGAUAGUGCUUUUCGUCUGUUUUAGGCAGACAAAUCUCUUAUUCUUAAAUGAAAUAAAAAAUGAAUGAAAUGAUAAUUCUGGAUAAGUUAGCAUUAUAAUUAAUGAAUGUUCACACAUGUAGCUAUAGAAUGGUAUCUGCUGUGCUCUGUAAUACUCAUGCCUUAAGAAUUUUAUUUAUAAAAUAUUUUGUUUUUCAAAUAAGCAUAUUACUUAACCAUCUGUCACCUUUUGGGAUAAUUAGAUUUCAUUUAGCAGCACUGCCGUAAUUAAUUUUAUUUUGUGUCAUCUGCAAGCAACAGUCCACCUUUAUUAAAUAAAUUGUAGUGGCUGAUGUUUUUCAGUCAUUGCAGUUACCUCUAGACAAAAAUGAUAAUUAAAAAAAAUUGGUGUUGAUACUACUAGUAUGAUCUUAAUUUGAUACGUUACAAUAUUCUUUAAUAUAUGACAAACUGCUACUUGUCCAAAGAAAUUUCUGAGUCAUCCUUCUCUCCCUCAGUCUCUGUCUACAAACAACUCAACUAUUCCUUUCUCCACCUCUGUCCACAGCUUGGGUGUCAUUCUUGAUCAGAGUUUACUUUUCAUCAGCAUACUUCUCAUGUCUGCAGAAAUGCUUACCUUGAUGUUCGUAGGAUCAGUACCAUUCGUCAUUAUCUCCCCACUAAUGCAACUAAAACUCUAAUCUGUGCCUUUGUGCUGUUGAGGAUGGACUAUUGUUAUUCUCUUUUAGCUGGAAUUCCCAAGUAUUUUCUUGACAGAUUUCAAAGGAUCCAGAAUAAUGCUGCUCACCUCAUUUGGAAACCAUCUAGAUACGAACAUAUAUUGUCUAUCAUUCAUUCUCUUUAUUGGCUGCCAGUCAUGGAUUUAUAGGGUACAAGCUUUCCACUUUGACUUACUCUGUUGUUUCUGGCACUGGUGCUCAGUACUUCUAUGAACUCACUCCCAUCUGUAUGCCUACACAACCUCUUCGCACAUCUGACACCUGGCUCCUGCGAGUCCCACUAAGACAAAGACAUACGGACAGAGGUCUUUCUCCUACCAAGCCUCAUCAACUUAGAACAGAUUACUCGUCAGCCUUCGUCACUAAUUCUCUUUCCUCGUUCAAGUCUAAACUUAAGGCGCAUCUUUUCUUCACUCUGACCAUGAACAUAUGUAAUGUGUCUAUAAUUUACUUCGGUUAUAAGUAGUGCAUGUUGCUGAAGUGAACAUGUCUGUUACAUGUGAAUGUGGGUACAUGGUUAUUAAUGAUUCAGUCAAUGUAUGAUUUAUGUGAAGCACUAUGAGCAAAUCUUUAAAAAGGCGCUGUCAGUCCUCAUUAUUAUUAUUAAAUCAUGAAGGUCCCCAAUUAAUUAAGAAAUUAGAUUUGGUGACGUGACUUCUGUUUGUAAAAUUAAUGGUUUUCAUCAAGCCUAUGCCUUUUGUGUGACUGCAUUCUUGUGCAGGAAGUUUUACUCUCUGCUGGGAAGGGGUCGUGACAAUUAAGAUUUCUUAGCUGAGGGUUGUUGCCCAGUCACAGUGUUUGGAACCAGCUGUUUCUCCAGCCAUUGGGUCUGAGCUGCCUUUUUGAAUGUUACUGGGUGAUACGACCUUAGAAGCUUAACCCCACCUACCACUUCAGAUUCCAUCCGUAGCUCCAGCUUGCUUAUUGACCAGUCCUACUGGAGUUAGCAAAAAUUACAUUUUAUUUGACUGCAGUACACUGAAUACUGCUACUUUGGAUUUUAAUACCUGUUUUCUUUGAAACUAUAGCAGUAGUUUAUGAGAACCCAGAGAGGGAGGGGAAAAGUAUUUGGGGUGUGGGGGUGUGAGUGAGCACAUGAUUUUCUUUAUCAUUUUGUAAAUAUACCGUUUUCUCCAUUUAAAAAAAGGAUUUUUGGGGUAUUGCAGAUUAAAUCUAGUAAGCUCUAUUAUUACGAGUAGGAAUGGCUAUUUCAUAAACAUUUCACUUGUAAAUGUUGCAUAUUUCAGCAUAGAACUUUGAAAAGAGGCUUAGCAUUGAUGAUUAACAGUGCAGUUCAGCAAUGCCAGAAAUAGUCUGAAUGGUCCUCAUGUAGGUUUAUCUUGAAUUGUAUUACAAUUUGCAAGAGAUUGAGGAAAGAUGGAACUAUUGAAUGUAUGGAUUUAUAAACAUUUUUUUUACUGAAGUGUGUGCAGAAAGCAAUUUUCCAGAUCUCUUGUGUUUUCACAUUUAGAACAUAUUCACCUGUCUUAUGUUGAUAGUCAUCAGCAUCAUACCUGUAAAGGGUUAACACCAUUUUUAUGCUUCAGUGAUACCAAGUAUCAUACCACCCGGCCAGUAUGUUAUGUACAUUUUUUUUUUGAAGAGGUGUGUGCGCGCGCAUGUUAGAGAGAUAUUUGGGAACAAUAUUGAGUGCAUGUCUUUGAACUGUACUUCAUAAAUUCUUUCAUAUGUUAUAUUCUACCUGUUGUUUCUCUCAUUUACACAUACCACUUUGUUUACUUUCUCAUUUCAUACCCUAGUGAGGUGGGCCAGAGCUGAAUGACUGAAUGUAUGAAAUUGAUUUUUGUAUACACAGAGAGCCAGAAACUAGUGCUGAGUACUUGGAAUUUGGCUACAUGGUGAUAUGUUAGUAGUUUUACCUUCUGUUUAAGAAUGGGCUGGCUCAGAGAGGUGGAAUGCAAGAUAACAUGACAAUAUUAUGGGGGAAAGGGGGACAUGUUCUUGACUUGCUGUUUUCAGUCUGGUAUAAAAUGUGACAUCUCCUGUAAACAUGUUAAAGCUUCUAAAAUAUUUGUGAUACAUUCGUGAUUCUGGAAAACAUUACAGUUGCCUCACUUUGUAAAACUUUGUCACAAGUUUUUUCACACUGCUAGCUUCAGUAGUCUUUAUGUAAACUUUCUCAAAAGGGUUGUGAACUUUUACUAUCCCUCUUUCCCAGUUUCACAAAAUUGUUAUGGCUAAAACAUUGUGACUGAUGAGUUCCAGAUGUAUGAUUUUAUAUGUAUGUUUUAAGAAAUACAACAUGGAUGCAAGAAAGGUAUUUCAAUACCGGUUAAGGUUUUCAUUUUUAACUUUCUGUCCCACCUCCCAUCCCCUGGCUUUAUGUUCAGAUUUCUGAAGACAUUGUCGUUCUGAGGUGAAUGGUCUUUUAAUAUGGGUGUCAACUCUGCCACAAUUAUGAAUGUACAGUGACAGGUGUGAGUGCUCUGAGAGAAUAAAUCAGAAUGCAAUUUGGUAUUCUGCAGUUUAUAACUGAAAUAAAAACAUUUUGAAGGAAAA